AUAAUUUUGACAGCUCCGGGAAAAAAUCAGCAGCGUAAAUCUAAACGUAUUUUAUUUAAACACAUUCUUCGGGCCUAUCGCGAAAUGGAUCUUCUUGGUUCUAUACUGGGAUCGAUGGACAAGCCCCCGUCUCGGGACAAGAAAGAAAAGGAACUAAUCGAAAAGCAAAAGAAGGAGCUGGAACAGCUUCGAAGCAAGGAACGUGACGAGUUGAACCGUUUCCGCAAGUACGCCGAGGAGCGUCUGGGUCGACUCAUAAAGGACGGCAACCGGCCGUAUAUGGAAUUUCAACCGUUGGACAAGGUUCACCGUUCGGUCGUGCACGACAUAGCUGAAAUCGGAGGUCUGGCUGCAAUGAGCUUUGGCGUUGAAGGAGUCGAUCGGUACAUAGUGGUUUAUAAGAAGGAACAUUUACCCUCGGAAGAUGAACUGGCAGCGCGUAAGAACGGAGAUCCCUGGAACAAGCAAACGGCCGAAGAGUACGCCGAAAAACGCAAACAGCAAAAACUGCUGGACCAGGAGCGCCAAAAGCAACCGUUGGACGAGAAGAAAGUCAGUGCCCCGGUUACUAACUACAAGGACAAGUACGUCCAUCUCAUCGGGCAGGACGCUGCCUUGGAGGCGGCAAAGAAAACGGAAACGAACAAAAGCUACGGUUAUGUUCCCAGCGAGAAUAAACGCGACCUGCGCUCGAUCGAACAAACCAUGGCCGAUAUCCAGGCAAAGAAGAAGCUCAAAAUCCAACAUCAAGUAGCGAGCGAUGAACCGCCAACCGACGAAGGCGGUUCGUCCGAGCAGCUGACUUGAAGCACGGUCACCAAAGAGAUUUAUUUGUUUUAAUCUAGCUGUAGAGCUCCUUGGUUCGUCAACGGACGAACGAGACAAUUGAUUUUUCAGCCAAUGGCUUUAUACUUUUGGGUGUAAGGACACUCUUAGGACUUAGUUCGGAAUUGUGCAGCUCAACGUCCACCACCGGAGCAAGCGAUUAGGAAUCAAUAUUCAGAUUGCAAUAAGAUGCUCAAUCAAAUCAGCAAUAAUAUACACUCAAGACCUCUCUUUACGACUGCAUGGGUAUGGGAUAUGCACUAAAAGUUAUGCAAUCAUCAAACAAUACCAUUUGCGCGAUUUUGAAUUAUUUUUGAAAUGUUUCCAACUAUGAAAAAUUGUAUGUAGCACUUCAUGGCAACUUUGCAAAAUAUUCACUAUUCACCUUCCUACUUUACAUUGCUUGACAGCAUUGUCAACUGUCAAAAGAAUAGUGGUCUACUUUAUGAAACUGGUUGAGUUUUAUAUCUACGUCAACUUUGUUGAACAUGUGGAUUGGAUAGUUUACAUAGACAAAAUUUACAUUUAAUCCAAGAUAUUAUAUUACGUUUUACAUUAAUUCUUCUUAAACUGGCAACCCAGUCAGACGGAAAUAAUAAUAUUGACUGACCGCUUGCGAUACUGCUGAAAUGUUUGCAUGACUGGAACAAACCAACGAAAUAUAUGUAUUAUCAAUUGAAUCAAUUGAAAUAUUGUAAAAGAUUUUUUUAUAGUUUGUAUUAAGCAUGGAAAUAUUAAUUUAUGCUUUUGAUCAUUGAAACCUGUCGUAAAAAGAGGUAGGUUGUAGUGCAUCCUGAAGUUUAGGAUUACCUAUAUUAAUCGGAGUUUGCCGACUCUAUCUGUCGUUCUUCCACGAAAAACGUUGUAUAGGUUUUUAUUACCUUGUAUUAUGUAUAGAAAAUCAUAUAGUUCAAACUUAAAUACUUACGUUAAAUAAAUCGCGCAUUCAAACACGAA